GGCGCCAACAUCGUUUAUUUCCUACUUUGGUAAUGUACACAGUGGGACGUAAUUUAUCGUUGGGAGCGUACAAUAACCCACGCAAUGCAACUCGACGUUUUGUCUCGAAGAUUGGAUCUACUAAAAGCUUGUUUUUACGUUGCAUAAGAACUAUGACAUCAUUUUUACAAGCUAUGGGAUAAACACUUAAGUAGAAAAUUAGACAAAGCUCUAUAAAACUCACUUUACUAAAACAAUCAGCGAUUAUAACAUUUUUCAGAAUGUUUACAGUCUAAUAUUAUAAUUACGGGAAUAAAUUGUGCGAGGCUGUGGAAAAUGUUUGGACAUGCAGUUCACUUACUUUGAUUCUUCCAAAGUAGCUGGAUCUUGUACUUUAACCUCGAAUACUAGAGAGCAGCUACUAACACAUUUAAUCAGGCAAACCGAUUGCUAACAUGACGUAGCAAUAUCGUCAAUUGUAUCCAGUAUAUAGGUAUUAAAUUUCUCAGAUUUAACACUGUGAAAAAGUGCAUGUCGAUUUCAUAGACUAUGACGUUACCAAGAAAACGUUAUCUAAUGUCAUUAUUAUUUAAAAAAAUCUAAUUUGUCAAAUACGCCAUAUAAGGACAUUAUAAACCUUAUGCGCGCAAUCUACUCGUGUACUUCAAACGUUUAUAAUUAUAUGAACGAGUUGCUAGUCAGUAUAAGCCUGUAAAUUUCAACAUUUUCUUUCAUUAGUUUUUCGGGUUAUCUUUGGUAAAAAAGGAAUAUUGAUUAUUAUUUCUGCUAGACAGGGGUUUAGUGUAUCUUUAGUUCCAUAUCUAUGCUAAUAAAACAAACGCAAAUCAACUGUUAAUAAUUCAGUUUUAUGCAAAUUCAUAUCAUUGCGUAAUUUCCAUUAUUUUUCAAACUGUCUUUUCCUUAAAAGGAUGUACUGAGCUCGCUUUGAAGUAAAUGAUGUCGAAGAAAACCCACAGUCUACAGCAACUGGAUAAUUAUAAAUAUAGAAUGUUACAUCACACUGGGAACAAAUAUAUACGAAACUGCAGCAAAGUUGUUAUCAAGCCAUAGAGUUGGAAGAGUUAGCUGUCAAGAAGAAAGAUACCGGUAAGGCGCGAAACUAAGACUUGUUUUAAGUUAGUUUUUGGAGUCCAUACAUUUAUCACGAACGAAAGCUCAAGUUCUUGAUCAAGUUGCUACAACAGAUUAAGUAGUUAAAGAUUCUUCACUAUGUAGUGCUAUCGAUGUACACGUUUUCUCCACAAAGUUGAUUUUAAACAUCUCAGAUAUGCAGAUUAAUUUGGUUGACCCCAACUAAUUUUUAACUAUUUUGCUUUCAAGGUCUUUUGAAAACUAAAGUCACGACCAACAAUCACAAUGGUAAGUAGUUACAGUAUUUUGAUAAACUGGUAGGUGGCCGUUGUUAACUCUUAAUUUUUAAUAUGCCCGACAGAAUAGCAGUUCUAUUUUAGUCAAAAAUUGAGGUCGUUGUACACUAAACACACCCUCGGCCAGGCUUUUUUCAGGCAUGAGAGUGAUUAGGAAUUAUCAAAACAAUUGUUCUUCAUUUGAGGAAGCAGAAUGUAAGCAAAUUUUGCUUUAAUCUCCCCUUGCUUAAUUGAAACUCGUAAUGUAAUAAAUUAUAUUUUAAAAAUAGCUCUCACAGAUAUCAACUUUGGUCUUCAUUUUCUCCACUUCUAUUGAACAAAAAUGCUUCAUUUUUGAAAUUUGUAUUUCCUUUAUAUAGCAGUUCUGAUACCUUGAUAAGAAUUUUCUUAGGUUAUUAAUUUUAUUUUUAUUUUCUCUUGAUCCAGUCUAUGUCAGGGGUCCAAGUCGAUGCUAAAAUCAACGGUUUGUUUAAUGACAUGAAGAUGAGAAGCAAACACAAGUUUGCAUUCUUUAAAAUUGAAGGAAAGAAGAAAAUUGUUGCUGACGUGUGUGGUGAUCCAUGCAAAACAGAAACAAAAGAAGAAGAUGAAGCACAGUUUAAUCGAAUGAAGGAGCAACUCAGCAAUGAACCACGAUAUAUCUUGUAUGAUUUUGGAUUUAUGAAGAAGGAUGGCAGGAAAGUUAAUAAGUUGGCAUUCAUCUUUUGGUGAGUCACGAGCCUGUCUUUGUAUUUUUAUUAAUUGGUGACCGAGCAUAAAAUUUUCCUUUAGUUUCAAGACAUUUUAGGCUGGAUUUUAAUGCAUGUAGCUCGACAGAGUCAAAGUUGUAAGAACAUUUUAUUUCAUUAACCUGGUAAAAAUCAAAGACUCUAUUUGAGUCGUAAGAGAAGUUAUAAGUGCAAAAGAAUCUGUAGCCUGCAUGUCAGGCGUUUGAAAGGAAAUGGGAAGGGAAUUCCGGGCGCUCGAGAAGCGCGAAAGGCGCGCGAGUGGAGUAUAUGGUCUUCUUCGUUUUUCACAUCUACCAGAGAGACGUAAAAGUAGUGAUUUAGUACCUUAAUUAAUGAUACCUUAUUUCGAUUGAUUGAAGUCAACAACACGCUAUAUGGGACUUCUUACUGUUGAUAAAAGCGCUUGAAACUUACUUUUAUCGUGGCCUUUUCACAGAUCCUUAAACUCGUUUCAUAAACUCGGUACGCGUCGUUGCAAAUUUCCUAUUUUGGUGGAAGGUGAAUGCUCUCUCAACGGCGCCUCCCUUGCUCCCUGAAUUGAUGUAUUAUUAAUCAAAGUGCACUCAUCAAGAGAUUAUUGAAUAAAAAGGUAGCGUGUUCCAUGCUCUCAGAUAGUAGGGAAGUGUAUUAAAGGCACGCGAAAAUAUAAGCACUCGAGCUGGGAAAAGAAGGCGGUGCCGCCCUUCCUCUCUCCAGUCUCCUCCCGUCAGUUUAUUUUCGUGUUUGCGCUUUCUCCACUUCGCUGAUCCGACUAUCUCGGAGCCUGGAACAGGCUAAUAAAAAAGGUCUUUAGGUUUAGUUUGUGUGAUAAAGUACACCCUUAUUGCCUGGUUCUCAUUUCUACUUAGAGACUGUUCACAUGAGGUGAGCCAGCUUGGUUAGCAAGACUGGCCUGCUUUACCGGGCUGGUUCAGCUGGUUCAGCGUUGUUGAGUUUAUAAGAAAAAAGACCGGCUGACCCACUUGCUGAGAUCUUCCUUCGAGGAACCAAGAUCUCGGCAAGCGAGGCCAAGCCACCCGGUUAACUCGGCUGGCUCAUCUUAUCUCCCGCUUUUGUUUUAGGUGUGACGAAAAUGCAAAGAUUGGAGACAAAAUGAUAUACGCAUCUUCAAAAGACACCAUCAAAAAGUCCUUCACUGGUUUAUCACUGGAAUUCCAAGCAAACGAUGAGGGUGAUUUGGAUUACACAACUUUAAGAGAGGAAGUGGAAACUAGAAACGCUUAGAUAGCAUACAUCAGAACACGACACUCAAGCUUUUUUACAACUUUUCCUUUUUGUUUUUGUAUAAUCUUCCAUUUAAGUUUUAGAUGACAAGAAAUAUCAAUAACUGCAUGCAACCUGACUUCAUUUUAUACCUGUUAUCUCUGACCGCCUAUUGAAUUUAACAAUGGUGGGAGGCCAUUUUGUAGAUAGAAUUAUUUGAAACCUUUAAAUACCUGGAAGAAAGCGAAUGUUUUGACACCUUAACUUUGUAUUCGGAAGUAAAUUUGUAGUAAACAGUGUUUUUCUUCCUGGCAUAUUUUGUUGUCUUGAAAACAAUCAUUUCA